CACUGUUGACCAAUCAGGGAGAGAAAUGCAGUGAGAGAUCCAGCCGGCCCGUCCCUGCUGAUACACAGGACACAGCAGAGUUUCAGGGAACAAGGGAUCCGGUGCCGCACGGUCACUGAACCCCCAACCCUAAUGCUUUGAAGAUCGAUUCCUCCGAAUAAAAGAGAUAGGACACCACAUCGGUACAGCGCUCACCGAACCGGGAAGCGAGAAACGGAGAGAAGCCAGAAGCGAGGCGGCCAUGGUAACUCUGCAGAGGCGCCGAAACUGCAGCGAGCGAGUCCUGCUUUGUCUGCUCCUGGGGACGCUGUGGAAAAUGGGGACCGGACAAAUCCGCUAUUGGGUCCUUGAGGAAAUGGAGAAAGGCUCUUUUGUGGGGGAUGUAGCCAAAGACCUGGGAUUGGAGCCCCGGGAGCUGUCGGAGCGCCGAGUCCGCAUUGUCUCCAGAGGUAGGAAACCCCAUUUCGCUUUAAAUGUUAGAAGCGGCAGCUUAGUCACAGCGGACAGAAUAGACAGGGAGGAGAUUUGUGCUCAAACAUCUCCGUGUCUCUUGAAUUUUAAUAUUCUGGUUGAGGAUAAUGUAAAGCUUUACGGGGUGGAAGUGGAAAUAGGCGAUAUAAAUGAUAAUGCUCCCCGUUUCACGGAGGAGGAACUGGAAAUAAAAAUAGGUGAAACGGCAGCUCCAGGGAUGCGAUUUCCCCUUCCCGAAGCGCAUGACCCGGACGUGGGGGCGAACUCCCUGCAGAGCUACCAGCUCAGCCCGAACCGGCACUUCUCUCUGGAUGUGCAAAGCGGAGCUGACGGGACCAAGAUUGCGGAGCUGGUGCUGGAGCGGGUCCUGGACCGGGAGGAGGAGGCUGUUCAUCACCUCGUCCUCACGGCCUCGGACGGGGGAGAUCCGGUCCGCUCGGGCACUGCACGGGUCCGUGUGAUAGUCCUCGAUGCGAAUGACAACGCGCCAGUGUUCACUCAGCCUGUGUAUCAGGUGAGAGUCAGGGAGGAUGCGCCCGUGGGAACCCGGAUCCUCACAUUAAACGCCACGGACCUGGAUGAGGGAGUAAACUCGGAGGUUACGUAUUCAUUCCGGACGAAAAAUGAAAAAUUCUUAAAGGUCUUCCAUCUGAACCCUCUAUCAGGAGAAAUAUCAAUUUUAGAAAGUCUUGAUUACGAAGAAUCAGGAUCUUAUGAGGUGGAAGUUCAGGCUAAGGACAAUGCUGGAUUUCUAGCUAAAGCGAAAGUGCAGUUGACCAUAGAAGAUGUGAAUGACAACGCCCCAGAAUUGGCUGUCACCUCUCUGAUCAAUUCUAUUCCCGAGGACUCUCCCCUUGGGACAGUGAUUGCCCUUUUAAACGUGCACGACCGAGACUCUGGGGACAACGGACUCGUCACAUGUUCGAUCCCCAAUGAUCUGCCCUUUAAAUUAGAAAAAUCAAUAGAUAAUUAUCUCCGUCUAGUGACAGACCGAACCCUAGACAGGGAGCUGGUCUCGAAUUAUAACGUGACGGUGACGGCCACAGAUCGAGGGUCCCCGCCCCUUUCUGCUCACACUCACAUCUUGCUGCACGUGUCGGACACCAACGACAACCGGCCUGCCUUCGAUCAGGCAGCCUACUCCGUCUACAUUCCCGAGAACAACCCCCGAGGCGCAUCCGUCUUCCACGUGACCGCCCGGGAUCCCGACAGCGAAGAGAACUCUCGAGUCACAUACUCCAUUAGCGAAGGGCCCGAACACGGACCGCCUCAGUCGACCUACGUGUCCAUUAACUCGGAGACCGGGGUCCUGUACGCUCUGCGCUCCUUCGACUACGAGCAGUUUCGGGAGCUGCAGCUGCAGGUCACCGCGCGGGACGGUGGGACCCCGGCCCUCAGCAGCAACGUGUUGGUGACUCUGCUGGUCUUGGACGAAAAUGACAACGCCCCGGAGAUCCUGUACCCCUCCUUGCCCACGGACGGCUCAACCGGGGUGGAAUUGGCUCCGCGCUCGGCUGAGCCGGGAUACCUGGUGACCAAAGUGGUGGCAGUGGAUGGCGAUUCGGGCCAGAACGCCUGGCUGUCCUACCGCCUGCUCAAGGCCACGGACCCGGGCCUCUUCUCAGUGGGGCUACACACGGGCGAGAUCAGGACGGCGCGGGCCUUUCUGGAAAAGGAUGCCCUUAAGCAGAGCCUCGUGGUGGUGGUCAGGGACAACGGGGAGCCUUCUCUCUCUGCCACCGUCACUAUCACGGUGGCCGUGGCCGACAGCAUCCCCGAGAUCCUGUCGGAUCUGAGCAGCCUCUCGAAGCCCGCAGACCCCGAGUCCAGCCUCACACUGUACCUGGUGGUCGCGGUGGCCGCCGUGUCCUGCCUGUUCUUAGCCUUCAUCAUCGUGCUGUUGGCCCUGAGGCUCCGCAGGUGGCGAGCUGCGCGGCUGCUGGAGUCGUCGAGCGGGUAUCUCGGCGGCGUCCCGGCCUCGCACUUUGUGGGCAUUGAUGGGGUCCGAGCUUUCCUCCAGACUUAUUCCCACGAGGUGUCCCUGACCACGGACUCCCGGAAAAGCCAGCUGCUCUUUCCACAGCCCAAUUACUCUGACACUCUGACUAGCCAGCGGACUUAUGAGAAAAAGGAGCCUUUGUUAGUGCCUGAGGAUUUGAACCUGGUCAAAGAUGACCAGUCUGUCCUGCAGGUGAGUGUCUUUUUAUAA